AUGUUCAGCAAUCGGCAGGUCACGCUUGUCAUCACCAUCUCCUUCAUGGCAAGUCUCGCCAUCACCUACCUCAUUGUGAAGGACUACAUCGGAGGAGGGAUCGGAGUUUACGGCCUGUGGUGGGGGCUGGCAGCUGGACUUGGCUGCACGAGCUGCAUCGGAGGGUUUCUGCUCUCCCGCGUCGACUGGGAGGAGGAGGCGAGGGUCAUCUCUGCUCGCUCUGCGAUGAAGGCCAACAUGUCCUGUGAGGAGACUCACGGAGAGCUGAAGAAGCUGGAGGACGAGCUGGCCAUUCAGCUGGAAUUGGAGGGGAACAAUUUCCCAGCUGAGACUCCGACAAAGUCGAUCCCGUGA